UAGUCACGUUAACGUGAAUGUGCGCAUUUGAUGUCCAAGCUUUGGCGCUCGAGACACUCAGAAUGCGGGCUCGUGUCCUCUUCGUAACCGCGCUACUCGCCUUCCUGCAGUAUGGCACUGCUUCUCUCAUCGUGAAAGGGCCGACAGAGCCGGUCUUGGAGGGUGGUGAGGCGACUCUGGAGUGUGUCGACACAGAGUCCAAGUUCAACAUCAGCACGCUGCAAUUUGAAAAGUUCUCUAAGCACAUGCAGAGAUGGUACCGGCUGGACAUGGACCAGUACAGCUACCUUUACCGUCGCUGUUUCUUCUACGGGGUAGAGUUUACGAGAGAAAACGGGCGCCUGCUCCUCAAGCUCCCCAGGGUCCAAACGUGGAUGGCGGGACCGUUCCGCUGCAUCUCUGACAAUGCAACUGACCCGGAUAACUCCUCCCUGCCUUUCACCAUUCCUGUUCACUACAUGCGCGAGCUGUCGGUGUACAGGAGUGGGGUGGGCACCCUCUCUCGCUACUACUCCUUGCAGGACCUGCGUGUGUCACUAGGGGACAACGUAGAGCUGAACUGUUGCACUUCUGCCUCCGAGACUCCUGAGUACUUCUGGGCCAAAGAGGGAGAGGACUGGAUUGUUCCGAGCAGUACGCUGAGGCUGGAACAAGUGAGGGAUAUGAACAGUGGGAAAUACACAUGCACGGCUCAGCACCCCACUGUCAGAUCCCUCGUCAAGACACACACCAUCAGCAUCACUGUGCUGCCAGAAGAUGCUGCGUGGUACGAGUCCACGACUGCUCGCAUCACUCUGAUGACAUCGGCGGCAGGCGUGGCUCUCUUUGUCGUCAUCCUAUCCAUAACGGUCUUCCUCUGUCGUCGGGCCAAACAGAGGACGAGCAAAGGACCCAUCGAUGACCACUCCCAGAAGAAACCCAUCUACAAGAACAGUGUGGAGUCCCUGCCGUCCACGACUGGAGACAAAGACCCUCUGGUGUAACGAGAGGCGGGGGGGGUGGGGGUGAGGGAGAUUUAAGGAGCAAAGGAGGAAGAACCACCCAGAUCUGUUAAGCGACGGCCGCUCUCGCUGGGGUGAAGAUAGACUGAAUAUUAAACUGCAGAAAGCGUGAAAGGUGUGUAGGAGAAAAGGUAUUGGGCUGAUUGUUUUAAUGUUGUGGUUCCAUCAGCAGCUCGGGCAGCCGUGCUUUUCGGCAAAAGGUGUGCAAUUUUCUCUAUAUUGAUUUCAUAAUCCAGCAGAAUUAAGAUUCAUGUUUAUUGUCUAAAUCACGAGGAGGUGGUGGCAGGGCACUGUGGCUCGUCAGUAUGCUGUUGUGAGCUUUAAAUGGCUGAUGUUUCUAAGUAAACUCUUAUCCUGUUCUUCUAGCCAUGGAUUAUAAACAAGUUUCUUUCCCUGGCAAACACAUUAGCAUCUAUUCUUGUAAGACAAUCAUUCUGGCCUGUGAGGUUUGAGAUCUCUUAGCCUGAUACAUAUAUUUGAGCUGAAUUGUUUGAUCCCAUGUAAUAGCUAUUUUACUUGCAAGCACCUUAACUGAAUUGACAUUCAGACCCAACCAAGGACUACGGAAGCACUUUAAAUCUUUUGCACUAAGUUUCAUACUUCUGUGUACUUUUUAAAAAAUUUAAACGCAUUAAACUGCUUUUAAAGAUAA